GUGGGCGGCAGGAGCCAGGUAAGUGCUUUGAUGUCCCUGGACUCAGCACGGCCACGGGGCUUGAAUCCCCUCGACGUGGCACCUCGAGUUCCGCCCCGCCACGAGGCCUCACUCGCUGGUACGUCCGAUGUGAUCAUUCCCUUGGUCCCCCUCGCCUGGAGCUUGGGCGCGUGGCUCGCGCUUUCCAACCCGUCACAAUGGCUGACCCGGACCGUCCAACUCGGCUACGCGAUUCAGUUCGCCAGGCGCCCGCCCAGGUUCAGCGGCAUCCACUUCACCUCAGUGAAGGGCGAGAACGCCGCUACCUUGCGUGCAGAGAUCGCUACCCUUCUGCGCAAGGGCGCAAUAGAGCCUGUCCCUCCAGCCGAGAUGAAGAAAGGGUUCUACAGCCCUUACUUCAUCGUACCGAAGAAAGGCAGUGGGUUGCGUCCAAUCCUGUACCUGCGAGUACUGAACCAGGCUUUGCACAGACUCUCGUUCAAGAUGCUAAUGCAAAAACGCAUUCUAGCGAGCGUCCGGCAUCAAGAUUGGUUCGCGGCGGUAGACCUGAAGGAUGCGUUCUUCAAUGUCUCGGUCUUACCUCGACACAGACCCUUCCUGUGGUUUGCCUUCGAAGGCCAGGCAUACCAGUACAAGGUCCUCCCCUUUGGCCUGUCCUUGUUCCCUUGCGUCUUCAUGAAGGUCGCAGAGGCAACCCUUGCCCCACUAAGGGAAGUGGGCAUCCACAUCCUCAACUUUCUCGACAACUGGCUAAUCCUAGCUGACUCUCGAGAGUUGCUGUGCGCACACAGGGACCUCGUGCUCCGGAACCUCAGCCGACUGGGGCUUCGGGUCAACUGGGAAAAGAGCAAGCUCUCCCCGGUUCAGAGCAUAUUUUUUCUCGGUUUGGAGUUGGACUCAGUCUCGAUGACAGCGCGCUUCACAAACGAGCAGGCACAGUCGGUGCUGAACUGUCUGAAGGCGUUCAGAUGGAGGACAGCGGUUCCACUUAAACUUUUUCAGAGGCUACUGGGGCAUAUGGCAUCCUCAGCAGUGGCCACACCGCUCGGGUUGAUUCAUAUGAGACCGCUUCAGCACUGGCUUCAGAAUCAAGUCCCGAGAUGGGCAUGGUGCCACAGGACACAUCGCAUGACCAUCACGCCGGUCUGUCGCCGCCUCUUCAGCCCUUGGACCGACCUUGCAUUUUUAUGGGCAGGGGUUCCCCUAGAGCAGGUCUCCAGAUGUGUCGUGGUUACAACAGAUGCCUCCAAGACAGGCUGGGGCGUUGUAUGCAACGGGCACACAGCCACCGGCUCCUGGACUGGCCCGCGGCUGCGUUGGCACAUCAACUGCCUAGAGUUGUUGGCGGUACUGCUCGCCCUGCGGAGGUUUCGGCCGUUGAUCCAGGGCAAGGACGGUCUACGCUCCCGUUGCAUGUCACAACUUGCCUGCCGUCUCCUCCUCUGGAGUCAGUAGCGCCUCAAGUCGCUACGAGCCACUCACAUCCCGGGCGACCUCAACACCUCAGCGGACACGCUGUCACAUCAGGUUACCCUCGGGAGAGUGGAGACUCCACCCUCAGGUGGUCCAGCUGAUUUGGAGUCGAUUCGGUUGAGCAAGGUAGACCUGUUUGCUUCCCGGGAAUCCUCCCACUGCCCGUUUUGGUAUGCCCUGACCAAAGCACCCCUCGGUAUAGAUGCGCUGGUACACAGCUGGCCCCCUGGACUACACAAAUACGCAUUAACCCCAGUGAGCCUACUUACACAGACCCUGUGCAAGUCAGGGAGGACGAGGAGCAGAUCAUCUUAUUAGCACCCUACUGGCCCACCCAGUCAUGGUUCUCGGAUCUCACGCUCCUCGCGACAGCCCCCCCCCGGCGAAUUCUCCUGAGAAAGGACCUUCUUUCUCAGGGAUGGGGCAGCAUCUGGCACCCGCGACCAUACCUCUAGAAUCUCCACGUCUGGCCCCUGGAUGGGACGCGGAAGACCUAAGUGGCCUAAGUAGACAUGAUCACUCAGGCUAGGGCUCCCUCUACGAGGCGCCUGUAUGCUUUGAAGUGGCGUCUGUUCACUAAGUGGUGUUCUUCCCGAAGCGAAGACCCCCAGAGAUGCGCAGUCAGAUCAGUGCUUUCCUUCCUGUAGGAGAGGCUGGAGGGGCGGCUGUCCCCCUCCACCCUGAAGGUGUAUGUAGCCGCUGUUUUGGCUCAUCAUGAUGCAGUAGAUGGUAAGUACUUGGAGAAGCACGACUUGAUCAUCAGGUUCCUGAGAGGCGCUAGGAGGUUGAAUCCCUCCGGACCGUGCCUCAUCCCCUCCUUUGUCCUUUGGGGUCUACAGGGAGCUCCCUUUGAGCCUUGGAGUCAGCUGAGCUUAAGGCACUCUCUUUGAAGACUUCCAUCAAAAGGGUAGGGGAACUGCAGGUGUUCUCUGUCAGCGAAUCAUGCCUGGAGUUCGGUCCGGGUUACUCUCACGUGAUCCUGAGACCCCAACCGAGCUAUGUGCCCAAGGUUCCCACGACCCCUUUUAGGGAUCAGGUGGUGAACCUGCAAGCGCUGCCCCAGGAGGAGGCAGAC